AUGCAAUCGGACUGAAAGGUGACAGACUGGUGAACGACUGUAUCGGAUCGGGGAAUCAGCAGGGAUUAUGACGUUUCGCCCCCAAACUGGAUGAUACGCUGGGGCGCAGCACGCUUCAAAUUUACCUCGUCAACAACAUGAAUGAAUACGUGGUCUCUGAAGGCAUCGCGAAACCCAGUCUUUCAACGUCGUUCUAGCUGCGGUUGAUUGAUUAUAUUACACCCGGUACUGCUGAGAUUUCCAGGCGGUUACGAACAGUGUCGGGUCUGCGGUACUGUAACGAACACGUUACGACACUGAACAUGAUCGACCCCAUCGGCCUUCUGGGCACGCUCAUUGCCAUCGUCCAGGUCUGCAACAAGGUUGUUUCUGUUUGCUACGAAUACCGUGGCGCUAUCAAAGACGCCCCUCAUGACAUCGCUCGGGUCCUGGACGAGGUGGCAAACGUCAGGAACAUCGCUGAGCGCUUGAUCAGAAUUGCGGAAGUGGGCCAGACCGUAUCGCUUGAGUCCGUCGAUGGGCCUAACAGCCCCUUGCGACAAUAUCUGCUCGAGCUGAUUGAUCUGAAGAAGUCUCUCAAAGUUGAGAAGAAGCAGGGAUUAAGGUCAACUCUAUUGUGGCCUUUGCGGCGAUCCGACGUGGAGAAACGACUGGUCGUGAUUCAACGAAUCAAGGCUACAUUUCAACUAGCGCUCUCUGCCGACAAUGCUCACAACAUUGUUGAGGUUCUGAAUAACACUCGUUCGCUGCCCCUCAUCAAAGACGAGGUGAAGAAGAUUAGCGAGCACAUCGACCAGAAAAAAGAAGAUGAAUCCAAAGCGCAUUUCCUUCACCAGCUUAGUGGGAAUGAUCAAUCCCCCAAGCACCGCGAUGAGUACAAGAAAUGUGUUGAAGGAACCGGCGAUUGGCUUCUCCAGCAUGACACCUUUCUAGAUUGGAAGGUCAACCCUGGCAAACUCCUCUGGCUAAACGGACAUGCUGGCUGCGGGAAAACCGUCUUAUGUGCAAACGUCAUCGAAAACCUUGCAAUUGACCGCAACAACAACGAAAACAUUGGGCUCGCCUAUUUCUACAUCGACGGGUCUGGCCAGAAAUCUCUUGACUCUGAUUCCUUAUACAGCUCUCUCACAUCGCAACUCAUUAGCCAAAGAGGAUCAACACUAGAUUACUUCCAAGGAAAUAGGCAUCACUUCCAAAGACGCGAGAGAACUGGCUGGCAUAUUCCAACCCGCGUCUGGGUGAGGAUGCUUCGGGAAGCAAUCGAACUAUUUGACAGCGUCUAUAUCGUUCUCGACGCACUGGACGAAUCAGAAGAAUCAAUCGGCGUUGAGGGAGUUAUGGACUUCAUCAACACCAUAUUUGAGAGGUCACGAAGCCAGGUACAUAUGAUUGCGUUUAGUCGAGAUCUCGAGAGUAUUCGAAACAGAUUCAAGGAAUUGAGAGCUGUAUCUAUCGCGGUGUCUGGACGAGACCUCGACCAUGAUUUGAAGACGGCUCUCCACACCCAGCUGUUGUACCAACGCAAAUUUUCCCGAUGGCCCAAAUCACUCAAGAAGACAAUAGAAGAGUCACUGCUUGCUCAAGCUAACGGAUCAUUUCGCUGGCUUGAUUGCCAAUUACAGAUUUUGAAGACAUGCGCCACACCCUUGGCUGUGAAGAAAGUUCUCAACGACUUGCCCAAAUCACUCGAGGUUUACUACACCCGCAUCUUGGAAGCUAUAGACGAAAGCAACCAGCAGCCAGUCCAGAACCUUCUGCGAUGGAUUGCCUUUGCGUUCAGGCCGAUCUCUGUUAACGAUGUUGCCAAUGCAAUCGCAAUGAAUGACGAAGGUGUUGGUUUUCCAUUCUUCGACGAGCACCUGGAGCUUCUCGAUGUUGAAGGUUUCAUGGAUUCCUGCUCCAGCCUUGUUUCGACGUACAGUGCUAUUUCGGACAAAGACGGAAACCAAGAGGUCUAUGUGAAGCUGGCACACUUUUCUGUGAGAGAGUUUCUCGUCUCAGACUCCAUCCGGAGCGGACCUUGUUCGCAUUUUGCGAUGGAGAAGAGCCUAGUGCAUUCAUACCUCGCAAAGUCGUGUUUGGCAUACUUUCACUACUCUAUCAGUAAUCCAGACGACAUUUCGGAUCUAGGCACUCUUGUCAGCUAUUGCGGUCAUUUUUGGCUCAAGCACAAAGAAACCUCGGGUCGGAAUUGGGCCUCCGAACCACUCGACGCUCUUCUCUUGGACAUGUACGAUGAGAGCCAACCCUACUUCAAAAAAUGGAUGCAGGUGGCAAGUAUCGAUAAGCCUUGGUUGGACGAAGAUUCUCAAGAGGUAUUGGAUUAUUCGCCUCUUUAUUGCGCUGCUUAUUCUGGCCUUCCCCAAGUAACGAGGGUGCUUCUUGACCGAGGCGCUCCCACCAACGACCGCAGCGGAAUAUACGGCCAUCCCCUGCAAGCCGCCGCGUUCAAGGGCUCUCUGGAAACUGUCACGAUUCUCAUUGAUGCCAAGGCUGAUGUCGAGACGGAACGUGCCAGCUAUAAGUCUGCGCUUGCUGCUGCUGCUGCCAACGGCCACACCCAAGUAGCCAGAGCCCUUCUCAACGCAGGCGCCUCCGUUAACGGCACUGAGAAGUACUUUGACCACCAAUAUACCCCAUUGUUCCUUGCGGCUAGUAAUGGGCACCUGGAGAUGGUUGAGUUGCUGUUGGAGCAUGGGGCCAAAGACGGCUUCCGUAUGAAAGCCACCCCUGGGAGUGCCCUUCAUGCCGCGGCAAUGAGCGGCAGACUCGAUAUUGUCAAAUCUUUGUUGAAGUACCAGCAUAUCAAGGACACCAAUGAUCGCUUUUACUCUGGAAUUGUCAGACCCCAUGCCAGUGGCUUCGCCGCUAGCCAGUACGCUGCAGCUGCUGUUGGCCACAUCGACAUUCUUCACGAGCUCCUUAAGCACGGUAUUAGCAAGGAAGAGACUCUUCGGUAUGCAGCUAGGGCCGGAGACAAAGCCUUAGUGAUGAAUCUCCUAGACCAGGGUGUUCCGAUUGAUGCUCCCGGAUCUGUUUCAGACCACCCUAUGGCACUUCAAUCGGCGGCCCGAGGCGGCCACGUUGCCAUCGUUCGGGAACUUCUCUCUCGCGGAGCCGACCCCAACGAUAAUUCGGAAUGGUCAUCGCCUCUACUCAGAGCUAUAGCCGGCGGUAGUGUGGAAAUACUUCAGGUGUUGAUCGAUGCCGGCGCUGAAGUAAAUACCAAGUACCCGUACCCGCUUGACCACGCGAUUUCGGCGGACCGAGAUGAUAUGGCCGAGAUAUUAGUGAAACACGGAGCAAAUGCGCAUAAAGGAGUGCGAAGAGCCGCUAUCCGCGGCGAUUUCAAGGCGUUCAUUCUCCUUGUGAAGCUAGGAGGCGACAUUCGAGCAGAACUGAGUGAUUACACCCACAUCGUUCAAGCAGCAGCUCGGGGAGGCUCGGUCCGCAUCAUGAGGCAUUUGCUAGAUAACGGCAUGGAGGCUGAACCAAACAUCGCUGGCCACACAACACCUCUCAUGGAGGCCCUCCGGAGUGAUCAUUCGAAGGUGGCAGAGCUGCUCCUUGACCGCGGCGCCAACGUCAAGGCACCACCGCCAGCCUGUCUUGAUAACCCUGCUCCUCAAGGAGAAUCAUACUACAAUGGUCAUGUUUGGCCACCUCCUCCAGCUGAUGAGACGCCGUUGACGACAGCAAUCGCGAAAAACUACAAAGACAUUGCACGCAGAAUAAUGAGCCUUGAAGGGUCAGUCACGCCCGAUACACCCGACACAACAGGCACGCCACUCCUCUAUGCAGCAUGGGAACAAUGCUCCGACAUUGUCAGUGAUCUCCUUGGGAGAGGUGCAGACCCAAACCAGAGGGGGACAGUUUUGAAAAGAGAGAAGCCGACAUUCCCACUCCUCCUCGCCAUCGAGAAAGGAAACGUCGACAUUAUCAACCAGCUCAUCAACGCAGGCGCUAAGGUUGACGAUCAGGACACCGAAGGGUUUAGCCCCCUGCACGUCGCCGCUGCAAACAAAAACCCCGAGGUUCUAAGGAUUCUCAUCCAGGAUCACCAUGCGAGCAUCACUCCAACGCUGCUAAACGGAAGCCAGCCCAUUCAUUCGGCGGCCUCGAGAGGCACGGCCGAACACGUCAAGAUCCUGCUCGACAAUGGAGCAGCCGUCGAUUGCAAGAACAACGAAGGCAGAACACCUCUGCACUGGGCGGCGAACGGAGCCUGCUGGGACUCUGUGGAGCUGCUUUUGGACCGAGGCGCAGACGCGAGCGUCAAGAGUGACGAGAGCGGUCCUAACACGGCGCUGGAUCUUGCUCAUCUGGCGAGAGAGAAGCCUGACUGGCAGAAGCGAGACGAUAUAGUGAAAAACUGGGACGGUGAGAGAGUAGAAAAGCUGUUGCAAAGAUUGAAGUAGGCCAUGAUAGGGUAGAGUAUCUAGGCUGGAAGGUUGCGAGUCAGUCUGGAGAGUGCGGCCUCCAUCUAAGCCUGAGAAAUAUUGACCUCUUAACCCAACCAAUGACAUAUCCACCCUCAGCUCCAACAUUACUUUUUACGUAUUGCUGCAUCACGGCGCGUGCCUAAACAGUUGCGGGAUUCGGCUUUAAAUGCCUCCGAAUGAUACACAAGACGCACCGACGGGGCGGACAUUGCACCGACGCCCGCCCAGAAUGCAUCCCGUGUAUGCCUCCGACGAUGAACCUGGCUUGGGUCGGAAGAUAAAUCUAGAUGAAUAGAUUCC